UGACUGGAAUCUUUUAGCCAUCGUUGGUUUUCGUUAAUUGGUAACGGUGUUCAGUGUCGAAGUUAUAUCACGAAAUGGAUUUUGAAUUUGAGUUCAUAUUUACUGAGCCAUGUAGUUGUGACAUGUGAAUUAAACGCGUUCAUUGUUCUUAGAGAUAUUUCUCUGGUGACAAUUAUUGAAGUUGUAUUCAAUUAGAAAAACAGCGGGUGUGUUGUCAAACUAUAUGUGCAAAGUGUCGCAUUCCAGCUCUCAUCUACAGAAAAGGAAAGGUUUCAAUUUAGGCACCUAAAUACGCAACUGAAUUUUUUUAUUAGUGAAUACUAAGUUAGAUAAGAUAACUACUAUAAUGCAUAUGUACCACAAAAAAUAACGUCGAAGUUCAGUUUGAGGUUAUGGUUGCUCUGGAUCCAAACCAUUGGUUAUUACACAGGGAAAUGGCAAGGAUUAUUGGAACUGCAAGUAAUGAAGUUAAGAGGUGUAUCAUCAUUUGGUAAAACAUUAAGGGUGGAGAUCACAUUCAGCAAUGAUCUGAAUUGAAUAAAUGACAUAAGGAACUGUCAAAGUUGAAAGUUGUAAUAAGAAUGGAUGGAGACUGAGGAAUAAUAAUAGUAUAUGAAGCAUCAACUGACAGGAAGAAUCUUGUGAAAUCAUACAGCUUAUAAAGUAAUGAACCAGUAACAAAAAUUGUGCCAGACAUGUUGCCUAGUAUGCCUUUAAUUUCUACGCCAUUUAAGGAGAUUUACAGUGUGUUAGAAUCUAGUCCAGAUGGGCAUUUACAAAUGGAAAUAUCUGAAUCAAGUUCACUGCACCAGCCUUCAUCUUCUACAUCACCACCAUUGCCGGAAGUACUCAGUGUCUCACACACUUGCUCUGACCCUAGAAUUAAUCUUGAGAAGGAGAGCCAGGGCCAUAUAUCAAUAAAAGCAUUGGACUUGAGUGUAACAGCAAAUGUUUCUUCAAAGAAGUCCUCACCAUUAAAACAUGUUACACCAAUCCUUAAGAAAUACAAUACUCAUCGUAAAGGAAAGGGAAGUAAGAAGGUUUCAUUAAUUAACAAAGGAAUCAUUAAUGAUCAGCCCCAUCUUCAGCAAGGUAAUGAUAAACAGGGUCUGCGCCCAAUUGCUCCAAAGCCCUUAAAGGUCAUGUUUCCAUCUGAAAAGAAACAUCAGCAGGAGGGGAACCUGCAGUUGGAUCAAGUUUUGCUGAAAGAUGUUGGUGAGGAUGGAACAGAAGUGGAGCAAGAAGUAUCUUGUGGGGCUGAUGUAGCGACUGGAACACCAGGUGGAUCUGAAGAAAUGAAGGAGAUGGGUAAUGAUGAGAAGACCUCAGAAUAUAGGGAUGUGUCAGCAGAACAAAAGGAUAAAGAAAAUGAACUAACUGCUCUUAUGUCAGCAAGCAUAACUGUACGUUCAUCAAAAGGACGUGCUGCAAAAGUUAUGAGAAAGAAAUCAAAGCAACUAAAGGAUAUGGAAUCAACUUUGGCAUUGUUAACACCAGACAACACUGUUGUGAGAGAGGAAAAAUCAUAUGGAUUUGCACAGGCAUAUUUCUUGAAAGUGAAGGAGAGACUUGAAGGAACUGAUAUAUACCAAGAAUUCCUGCAUAUAAUGAAUGAAUUUGGAACAAGUAUUGCAGAUGUGUCUGAUUUAUACAAGAAAGUAACUGCAGUACUAAAUCAGCAUCCUGACCUCUGUGAAGAGUUUGUGGCUUUCCUUCUUCCAGAGCAAGCAAUGCAAUGUGGAAAGUUUAUGGAAUAUCUCAUGGUGACUAAAAUGAGAGACUUCUUUCGGAAGUUAGAGAUUUACUUUGAGAAGCAGCCACAACAAAUGCAAAAAAUUUAUACAAAUCUGUCUGCAUUGAGUAACCAAGCAAGCGUUUCAGUUGCAGAUGUCCGUAGUGCUAUACUCCCCUUACUUAAAGGCAAUUCUCUCUUAAUAGACAACUUUUUGGCUUUAUUGCCACAUGAAAAACCUGCAGAGAGUCUGAUGCCAGAAUUUGAAGACAUGGUUCUUGGAGAUGUGGAUAAUGAACAGCUGGGUGAGGAAGAUCUGUUUGAGACGCUUGUUGUGCCAGACCAGCAAGAUGCAUAUGGUGGUGAUACUUGUGCCUGCACCUGUCACAGCUCCCGUGAUGACAAGUAUCACAGCCAAGCUGCACACUGUAUGUCCUGUGGCACUAGGUUUAUUCAUGGGAAAGUAUUUCUGCAGACAGGGAAAGUCCUGCGACCCGCAAAAGUUGUAUUUGACACUGAAAGUAUUGAUGACAGCAUCAACAGGCUAUCAGCCAAAAGUAAACCCAAGGGGCGAAGUAGAAGGAGAGCAGCAAGUCAUACUGAAGUUGCCAGUGGCAGUAAAGACAACUCGCCAGUGAAACAUGUUAAUAACAGCCAUAGCGCUGAUGCAUGUAAUGAGGUAAAUGAAAAUGGAGGAGCCAAUAACACAACAUUUAAAUCAAAUAUAAAGUCAUCUUCACCAAAACAUGCUCGUACAUCUAAAACAAAAUCUUCUGGUACCACCUAUAAGGGGCGUGAAAAAGCUAAUCCUGUGAAGACUAUGAGCCCUUCUAAGGGCUUCACUCAUGAAGAGAGAGGGACUUCAGUUCACAAAGAGGAGCAGAAACAGUCUGCUUCUGUCCGUUCCAGUAGACUCAGCUGCAGCAGACAGAUUUCUCUUUCAACGAAGCCCGUGGUAUUGCUGCAUAAUAUUGCAAGUGACAUUAACAGUUCCUCGCUUUGUAUUACUGUGCCGAAAGUAUCAUGUAGAAACAACAGUGGUCAGCAUUCUCCUGUAUUUCAUGACAGGACAUCUGUUUCCUCCACAGCUGUUACUGAUAGCAAUACUCCAAGCACUGUGUUAAAUAAUGCUGAGAACACAAUAUUGUCCAUUCCUGCCAUUAGCACGGAAUGGCCCAACCCGGUCCUCCCCGCUGUAACUGGUUUUUGUGGUAGUCUGUGUAUUUCAUUGCCGGAAAUAGCGCAUGAUGAAAGCGCUGUUUUGCCUCCACAUACAGCACCUGUAAAUUUAAGUGCAGGGGACUUAAGUAUACUGCCAGAUGCCAUUCACAGCAGGAAGGAUGCCAGGUUUGACCCUGCAGAUAUAGGUAAUUUGUCAGGUAAUGUAGAAGGAUCUGCAGGUUCAAAUGUUGAGACUUGUGGUCGAGCAUCGUGUGAAGUUGAUUAUGUUUCAGAAUGUGAAGACAUGAGUGUUAUGGAGGUUGCUGCUUGUGAUACAACAAUGAUUGAUGUUACGAUGUCAGAAUAUGAUGGUCAGGUAUCAGCUUCUGAAAGUGCAAAGAUAGAUCAGGAUGAUGAACCCAAUGAAUCAAAUGAGGCAGGUUGUAAUAGUGAUGCCACUUCAGGUUUAUGGACCAGAGAAGAAGAUAAGAUUAUACUUCAGAUGUUUCAGUUGGACUGUAGUAUGGAGCAGACAUUUAUCAAAAUCAGUGAACAGCUCCCUCUCCGCACUUUGGACGAGAUGGGUUUCUUUUCAGAUAAGAAGCAGGUUUCAAAUAUUGAUGGCCCUACUGCAGCAGAUGACUGCAGCAAAGAUGGAAGAUGAUUCAAACAGUUCUGGCCAAUAGACACUCUGCAGGCAGACCUUUUUUUUUAGCAGCUGUCUCACAAUAUUAUUAAAAUUAAUUAGGUUAAGAUACAGUAAGAUAUGGAGAACUAUAUUUUUUGUGGCACAUUACCAGGUAUUGGAGGAAAAAUAUAGUUCUUCCUUCAGGCAUUCUUAUUUCCAGUGCAGUAUUGGUAUAGAAAUCAUUUGAUGAAAGUCAGAGAAAUACUUUUUAAAGAUUAUCAGACAAUUGAAUACAAUUGAGCAAGUAAUACGAAUAGAAUACAAUUAUGUUCAAUGUACUAUUAUAUUCUAAAUAAGAAUUAUAAUUAAAAUCACACUGAAAUUGUUUUUGCAGGACAUUUUAAUGUGUAAAAAAUAUCUCUGUGGAAGACUUCUAAAGGAAAGAUGAUUUUUUUCAUAUAUCUAGGAACAGCAUUUUCAAAUGUAAAAAAUUGACAGUGGAACCACGGUUCCCUACUUAACGUUGAAUAACGUUUAACUGUAGAAUUAUAUUUGUACUGAAAUAAAAUUUUAUUUACACAUUAA